AUGGCCGCUCCUCAAGCUAGCACCAGUGCCGACGCUGCUCGCCCGUCCAAGCGCAGCAAGAUGGACGGCACCGCCAGCUCGACGCCAGAGGCGUCCAUCGCCAACCCCUACUUGGUUCACAUGUCGGAAGAGGAACUCGCCGCAUCCGCCGCCGCCACCAACGGCUCCAUCGCCGACGACCACCCGCUUGCCGGCCUCAUCCCACGCAAGGUGACCGGAGCUGAGGCGCGAAAGGUGAUGGAGGGCGACGUCAACCCCUUCUCUGUCGUGCCCAAGCCGUACUCGAACGAAUACAAAAAGAUUCUCGCCAAGAGGAAGGAGCUGCCCGUCUACGCGCAGAUGGACGACUUCUACCAGCUCUUUAACCAGAACCAGAUCAUGGUCAUGAUCGGCGAGACCGGCUCCGGCAAGACCACUCAGAUCCCUCAGUUCGUCGCUUACUCCGACCUGCCCAACACACAAAAGACCAAGGGACCCGAUGGCGUCCUCGCCCCUCGCAUGAUCGCCUGCACCCAGCCCCGUAGGGUGGCCGCGAUGAGUGUGGCCAAGCGCGUUGCCGAGGAGAUGGAUGUCUCGCUCGGCAAAGAGGUCGGUUACACCAUUCGAUUCGAGGAUGCGACAGAUCGCAGAACCACGUUCCUCAAAUACAUGACCGAUGGUAUGCUGCUGCGCGAGGCCAUGCACGACCACAACCUGGAGCGCUACAGCUGCAUCAUCCUCGACGAGGCACACGAGCGUACGCUCGCCACCGACAUCCUCAUGGGCCUGCUCAAGGAGGUGGUGCAAAGACGAUCGGAUCUCAAGCUCAUCGUCAUGUCGGCCACGCUCGACGCACUCAAGUUCCAAAAGUACUUCAACGACGCACCCUUGCUCAAGGUACCCGGCCGAACCUUCCCGGUCGAGACGUUCUACACGCCCGAGCCCGAGCCCGAUUAUCUCGAGGCUGCCAUCCGUACGGUCAUCAUGAUCCAUCAAGCAGAGGAUGCCGGCGAUAUUCUGGUCUUCUUGACCGGUGAGGAGGAGAUCGAGGACGCGUGCCGCAAGAUCAAGGCAGAGGCCGAUGAUCUGGCUGCCACCAACCCGGAUCUGUGCGGACCGCUCAAGGUGGUGCCGCUCUACUCGUCGCUUCCGCCCGCACAGCAGCAGCGCAUCUUCGACGCGGCGCCUGCGCCGCUCACGCCCAACGGCCCGCCCGGCCGCAAGGUCGUCGUCAGCACCAACAUUGCCGAGACCUCGCUGACCAUCGACGGCAUCGUGUACGUGGUCGACCCGGGCUUUAGCAAGCAGAAGGUGUACAACCCACGCAUCCGUGUCGAGUCGCUGCUGGUCACUCCCAUCUCGAAAGCAUCCGCCCAGCAGCGCGCCGGUCGUGCAGGCCGUACGCGGCCCGGAAAGUGCUUCAGGCUAUAUACCGAGAAGGACUGGGCCAACGAGCUGAUCGAGCAGAGCUAUCCCGAAAUCUUGCGAAGCAACCUCGCCAACACGGUGCUUGAGCUCAAGAAGCUCGGCAUCUCGAAUCUGGUCACCUUCGACUACAUGGACCCGCCAGCGCCCGAGACGAUCAUGCGUGCGCUCGAGCUGCUCAACUACCUGGCGGCGUUCGACGACGAGGGCAACCUGACGCCGUUGGGCGAGAUCAUGGCCGACUUCCCGCUGGACCCGCAGCUGGCCAAGAUGCUGAUCGUCAGUCCGGAGUUCAAGUGCUCGAACGAGAUCCUGACCAUCGCAGCCAUGCUUUCGGUGCCCAACGUGUUUGUGCGUCCCAACUCGCAGAAGCAGCAGGCGGAUGCUGCGCAGGCCGAGUUCGCGCAUCCGGACGGCGACCACCUGACGCUGCUCAACGUAUACCACGCCUACAAGACCAACUGCCGCGACAACAAGACGGCGGCGGACUGGUGCUGGCAGAACUACCUGUCGCACCGUGCGCUGAUGCAGGCGGACAACGUGCGUUCGCAGCUGCAGCGUCUGAUGGAGCGCCACAAUCUCGACCUGGUCUCGACGUCGUUCGAGGACAAGCGCUACUACACCAACAUCCAGAUGGCCAUCGCGUGUGGCUUCUUCAUGCAGGUGGCGCACCGUGCGGGCGGCAACAAGAAGGCGUUCCAGACGAUCAAGGACAACCAGGUUGUGUCGCCGCAUCCGUCUUCGACGCUCGAUCAUGCGGCCGAGUUUGUCAUCUACCACGAAUUCGUGCUGACCACGCGCAACUUCAUCCGCACCAUCACCGAGGUCAAGCCCGAGUGGCUGUACGACUUUGCGCCCGCCUACUUUGACCCCAACAACAUGGACGGCGAAGUGAAGCGCAUCAUGGCAACGCUCAAGGCGCGCAAGGACAAGCCCGCCGCCCCUUCCAAGCGCCGAUAG